AACAACUUUUGCCUGCAAAAUAAAAGAGCGACAGAGACAAAGAAGGGUAUUUAAGAGCUGUGUGCAGACUGGUCCACGAUCAGUUUUACUUAUACAACAGAGGAGUACAUUUCUCCAGAUAUAAGCAUGUUCUACACGGUGAUAUUGUUGAUAAUAUUACUAUUGCUGUUAUUAUAUCUGGGAUCGAGAAAACCAAAAGGGUAUCCUCCAGGUCCGAAAUGGUGGCCAAUUUUGGGCUCCGCCGUGGAAGUUGCUCGUCUUCGCCAGAAAACUGGUUACUUGUUCAAAACCUGUUCCGUUCUGUGCAAGAAGUAUGGACCAGUGGUUGGUCUGAAGAUCGGCACGGAUCGCAUCGUGGUGCUGAACGACCAUGAAAGCAUCCGGAUGAUGCUUAGCGAUGAACUCUGCCAGGGAAGACCGAUCGGUCCCGUCUACGAGACGAGAACAUUCGGUUCUAGAAAAGGCCUGAUUGUCGUUGACGGGAAUUUGUGGAUCGAGCAAAGAAGAUUCGUACUGAAGCAGCUCCGUGAGUUUGGGUUCGGUCGGGAGAGCAUGGCCACGAUAAUAGAAGAGGAGGCUCAAUGGCUGGUCGAGCACUUUCGAAAGAUGAUCAGAGACGAGUGUAACAAUCGUAUCAACAAGUCCAAAGUAUCCUGUAACAAUAACGAAUACAGUGACGGGCAAAUAUACAAGUUAAUUGGAAAAGAUAACGACGACGCGUACGGUCGAACGGGUAUGGCGAAUCCGUGCGUUACGAACGAGGAGCAAUUAAAAAUCUCGGACAUGUACGUAAAUGCGAACGAGUACGCGGAAGUCAGAAAGAUGAUCGAGUCCUCCAACGGAAUAGUUAUCCAGAUGAACAACGCCUUUGGUGUUACAGUUCUCAACACACUGUGGAGGAUGAUGGCUGGUAAAAGGUACAAUAUCGACGACGAGGAAUUGAAUUAUCUACAGUGGAUCCUGACGAAACUUUUGAAGGAGAUCGACAUGAUCGGCGCGCCCUUCGGUCACUUUCCAAUAUUGAGAUUCAUCGCGCCAGAAAUGUCUGGUUACAAGUCCUUCCUGGAAACCCAUCAAGAACUUUGGAAAUUUUUAAGGGAUGAAUUGGAUAAACAUAAAAAUACUUUCACGGCGGAAUCGCCCAGAGACUUAAUGGACAUAUAUUUAACCGUUCUCAAAUCUAAAAACUAUAGUAAAACCUUCUCUGAGUCUCAGCUACUUGCCAUUUGCAUGGAUUUGUUCAUGGCGGGAUCCGAAACCACGUCGAAGGCGCUCAGUUUUUGCUUUCUGUAUCUAAUCUUGUUUCCGAAUGUUCAGAAAAAAGCGCACGAAGAAAUCGACAGAGUGAUUGGCCGAGACAGACCUCCAACUCUAAAGGACAAAGCAAAGUUGACAUACAUGAAUGCUGUUGUCUUAGAGUCUGUAAGAAUGUUCAUGGGACGAACGUUGAACGUACCUCACAGAGCGCUAAAAGAUACUUCAAUAUUAGGUCACAGAAUACCAAAAGAUACGAUGCUUAUCGUGAAUUUCAACAGAAUACUGAUGGACGAAUCGUGGGGUGAUCCUGAAGACUUUCGACCAGAAAGAUUUAUCGACGAAAGCGGUAACAUUAUUACACCGCAAACGUUCUAUCCAUUUAGUACCGGGAGACAUCGUUGCAUAGGAGAAAAGUUAGCGAAAAGCAACCUAUUUGUCAUAAUCACCGCGUUGCUACAAGCGUUUACAUUUUCUCCUGUGUCAGGAGAAAAGAAACCAUCGUCGCAAGACUUCGUUGACGGUGUUACACCUGGUCUUAAACCAUUCAAGGUACUGGUUUCCUUAAGAACGUAAUCAAACAUCCGAUAUAACUUGAAUCAAAAAAUGCAAUACUAAGACUGUUAGUUAAUUGAAUAUUUACACGGUAUGUAUAAUUAUCUACUACGAUAAUUAACUUUUAUGAAAGAAAUAGUUACAUAUUAUUGUUGUUUGAAAAAUCGAUAUUGUUUUUAAUG